AUGUUCACAGCGGUAGCGCCCUCCAACGCGGGCCGUUAUGGGCAUAAACAUCUGUCUAUCUUGCUCAGCCGUGCUGUAAACGCUCGAUUGAAUCCCAAAUGGCCAAGCUGCAGGAGAUUUGUUGGCCAAAGUGCCAUAAUCGACGAUGUCCGCAACAUUGGCAUUAUAGCUCACGUUGAUGCUGGCAAGACAACUACAACAGAGAGGAUGCUAUAUCAAAGUGGCGCAUCACGACAUCUCGGAAAUGUUGACCAUGGUGACACGGUCACUGAUUUUCUCCCCCUUGAGCGGGAGAAGGGCAUUACAAUUCAGUCUGCGGCCAUCACCUUCACUUGGCCUCUGAAGCAUGAGUUGCCCGCCGGAACUGAACCCAAAACUAUCAACCUCAUCGACACGCCUGGCCAUCAGGAUUUCCGUUUCGAAGUUGACCGUUGUCUGCCCGUACUAGACGGUGCUAUCUGUAUCCUUGACGCAGUUAAGGGGGUUGAAGCUCACACCGAGAGAGUCUGGGCUUCUGCUCAGGUGUCGAAGAUCCCGAGGAUUAUCUACGUGAACAAACUCGACCGCAAUGGCGCCUCAUUCAAGAGACCUGUUCUCGACGUAGCGUCCAAACUCGGCGCAUGGCCGCUUAUAUGCCAGAUUCCUUGGUGGAACAAGGAGGACUUCGUUGGCGUUAUUGAUGUCAUUGACCAAGUCGGCCUGAAAUGGUCCUCCACGGGUGCAAUGUCCAAGACAUCCAACUUGAAGAAGCUGCUCUUGCAGGAAAACCCUGAUCUUUGGGCUGAGGUUGAAACAGCCCGUCUUCGUCUUGUCGAGGCUCUAUCGGAACGUGAUGACGAGCUAAUGGAGCUGUUUAUCGAGCAUGAGAUGGACGUCCCCACCGCCUCGAUCAAGCAGAGCAUACGACGUUUAAUUAACGACGGGAACGGGACAGUCGUGCCAAUAGUCGCCGGCGCGAGUCUUCGAAACAUGGGUGUUCAGCCUCUCUUGGAUGCAGCUGUCGACUAUCUUCCUAGCCCGCAAGAGAGACCAGAGGUACAAGUCCGUUCCGGCCCCGAAAGGCUCUCCAUCUCCGACGCAAUCGAGUCAGCUUCGAAAAAAUCGAAACCCAAUCAUCAUAAACAACAGCCCUUGGGGGCCCUCGCCUCGGUGUUCAAGGUCGUGCAUGACCCCAAGCGAGGGAUGCUCAGUUACGUACGCGUUUACCACGGCAACCUGAACAAGAAAGAUGCCAUGUGGAACACCAAUAUGCACCAGUUCGAGAAGCCUCUCAACAUGCUCCAAAUUGCCGCCGACAAAUCUCUGGACAUUGCCCACCUGCCGACCGGAUACAUUGGCGCCUUGACAGGGCUGAAGAAUGCGAGAACCGGGGAUACCUUGAUGACUUUCCCAAGUCAUAAGGCUCCGGAAGCGCUAAGGGGUCUCCAGAUCCGACCGCCCGAGAUCCCCCCGGCCGUCGCAUUUGUCUCAAUGGAGACCUAUUCAUUGACGGAAACGAAGAAUCUUGAAAUCGCUCUCGCAAACAUAUCCCGAGAGGAUCCGAGCUUGAGGUGGACCAAGGACGAGAAGGCCGACCAGUUCAUCCUCUCCGGAAUGGGGAAGUUGCACCUCGAGAUUGCCCAAGAUCGUCUCAAGAACCACUACAAGGUCGUGGCAGAGUUUGGAGAGAUCGCUGUUGAUUAUAAGGAGUGCAUACUCUCGCCUAUCGGACCGCACCGGGUCGAGUACGAACGGACUGUUGCGAACAAGCCCGGCAAAGCCGCGUGUUCGGCCACACUAGCGCCGAUAGAGGCUCAUAAGCGCGAGGCUCUCCUCGAGUCGGGCAUCGAAAGGGACGGUAAUAUCAUUCAAAUUUUAAUCCCUCUACCAAGUAACGGGGAGGCUCUGCGGUUUGAACCGGACGUCGUACGUCAACAACUCUUCAACGGAGCCGUUGCGGCGCUCGCACGGGGUCCGCGGAGGGGCUUUGCCGUCACCAACUGCCAUGUGACCAUCACGUACGAUUACGAGACGGACUUUUUCGGGCCUGUAUCUGGCGCCCAUAUCGUCAACGCGGCGAUCCAUUCAGUUCGGGAUGCUCUUAAGGAGGCUCACGCCGGGAAAUCCAUCGGGCUCCUAGAGCCCUUCAUGAAAGUCCGGAUCACCGUCCCUGAAGCAGCGGGUGGCAACAUCCAGCAUGAUAUCUCGUCUGCCCGAGGAGGUAUCGUGAUGGAGGUCAAGGAUAGCAACGAAGAGAGACAAAGUGACGGGGGCAUAGAUCUAUCUAAGGUCUAUGUCCCCCCAGAUCCCUACGAGUCGGUGCAGUCCCUGCGGGAUACUCAAAAGGGCGUCGGAAGGAUGCUGGAUAUCGUUGCUAAGGUGCCGCUGAAGGACACACUCCACUAUGAUGAUCAUCUGCGCGGCAUGACUGGGGGCCGGCACUCUCUUCAGAUGGAACUUGACACCUUUGAAAGGGUUACCGGACCGAGAGAGAGGGCUCUUGACUCGGCAUGA